UAAAAAUAAUAAAGUAAAAUGUUGUGGCUGGUUGACUGGGGAGAGAGAUCAGAGAAGUGAUGGCUAUGGCUACUUCGACUCAGCUAUCUUCUUCUUUGUUUCACUCUCAAAUUACAAAAAAGCCCUUCCUUCUCCCACCGGCGGCGGCGCCGAUCAGCGUUCAUGGUUUCUCUACACGGAGGCCAAAGUCUCUCUCUUUUUCUUCUGUCUCAGCUUCGGCUGCCUCUUCCGCCGUCGACGUCACUGAACCAGUGAAGAAAUCAGUGAGAACGCUUCCGUUUAGAGUAGGUCACGGGUUCGAUCUGCAUAGGUUAGAGCGAGGGUACCCUCUGAUAAUCGGAGGGAUUGAUAUCCCUCACGAUAGAGGCUGCGAAGCUCACUCCGAUGGGGAUGUGUUACUCCAUUGUGUAGUGGAUGCGAUCUUGGGAGCGUUAGGGCUUCCUGAUAUAGGCCAGAUUUUCCCUGAUUCUGAUCCUAAGUGGAAAGGAGCUGCAUCCUCUGUCUUCAUCAAAGAAGCUGUGAGACUCAUGGACGAGGCAGGGUACGAGAUAGGAAACCUAGACGCCACAUUGAUUCUACAGAGACCGAAGAUUAGUCCACACAAGGAGACAAUCCUAUCCAAUCUCUCCAAGCUUCUUGGUGCAGAUCCUUCUGUUGUGAACUUAAAAGCUAAAACCCAUGAGAAAGUUGAUAGCCUUGGAGAAAACAGAAGCAUUGCAGCUCAUACUGUUAUUCUCCUCAUGAAGAAGCAUGGUAAGUUUGGAAUCUCUGUCGCUCCCUUUCAGCAGAUUCAAUUCUUAAACCAUAAAGAUCCCGAAAAGGCCAAAACAGAAAAAGAAAAAAAAAGCUUUGCCUUAUCAAUAUAAAAACUCGUACAAGACAAAAAUAUCAGCUUCAUGUGUCAUUGUUUCAAAUUCAUAACCCCUAAACGAACCCCAAAAAUAGAGAAUGUAUGUAUUUCAAAAGAUUGGUUUUUAAUCAAAAAAUUCAUGCACAAUAAAAAAAAAAUAUCGUUUAUUUGUA